AUGUAUUCAACUGAUUUUGCAGGGAAUAUACUACCUUUGGCAUAUGGCGUGAUUGAUUCAGAAAAUGAUAAGUCUUGGACAUGGUUCUUUGAACAGUUCAAGGAAGCUUAUGGGCUACGGGAGAGCAUGUGUGUUGUAUCUGAUAGGCAUGAAACCAUCAUCAAGGCUGUAUCCAAAGUAUAUCCUAAUGUUCCCCAUUUUGCAUGCAUAUGGCAUCUUUGGAAGAAUGUAUACAAUAAAUAUAGAAAGAGUCACAAGGUGCUGAGUGGGGUGUACUAUGCAAUGGCAAAAGCAUAUACACAGGAUGAGUUUGACAUGCUAAUGGAAAAGGUUGAGACGGUGGAUAUUCGUGUAAAGGAUUACUUGGAGUUAGCCGUAAGGGAAAAGUGGUCUAGGCUUUAUGUUCCAGUCAACCGAGCAUGGACAAUGACGUCUAAUAUUGCUGAGUCUAUCAAUUCAGCUCUCGUACAAGCAAGAGAAUUGCCAAUAUUUGAUUUUCUGGAAGAAGUUAGGAUUAUGUUUGGGCGCUGGAAUUUCACUAACCGACAAAAUGGUUCAUAUACAUUCACAACACUUGGGAAGAAAUUCAAUGAAAUGCUUUCCAUUAAUGAGCGUAAAUCUGCACGCAUGACGGUAAUACCAUCAACCGAAUAUGUGCACACGACUUAUGAUAUCCUAGUUUAUCCUCUACCCGAUAAGAGUGAAUGGAAAAUACCUGGAUACAUUUUGGAAGAGGUAGUUUUUCCACCGAGAUACAAGAGACCACCUGGAAGGCCAAAGAAGAAGCACAAUAAUUCUUUAUCUGAAUGGUUUUCAACUAAACGUACAAAUUCGUGUAGUAGGUGUGGACAUGUUGGACACAAUAGGCGUUCUUGUACAAAUGAGCCUCGAAGAAAGUAG